CUACUCCGUAGGUGUCUAGCACAGCAGGCAGUGUCUUCCGAUAGCUAUCAAUCAGCGCGAUCUUUCAACGCAUCAUCACCAUCAUCCUAUUGCAUUGAGGACGGAUAGUCAAAAUGGCGGACGUUGCAGUGCAGAACCCUGCCAAUCAAGUCGCGCCUCACAAGAAGCAGCUUCCUGCUUCGAUACCGAACAUUGAGCCGCUGGAGGGUGUAGGUGCCGAUGGCGCCGACGAAUACUCAACGCUGAAGAAGCUGCAGCGACAUCUUGAGUAUAUUAAGUUGCAAGAGGAAUACAUUAAAGAUGAGCAACGGAGUCUGAAGAGAGAGCUUGUGCGGGCCCAGGAGGAGAUUAAGCGUAUCCAGAGUGUUCCUCUGGUGAUUGGACAAUUUAUGGAAGCCAUCGACCAAAACACUGGAAUCGUUCAAUCAUCAACCGGAUCGAACUAUGUCGUGCGAAUCCUUUCGACGCUCGAUCGAGAGAAGCUCAAGCCCUCUUCCUCGGUUGCUUUGCACCGCCACUCAAACUCCCUCGUCGAUAUUCUUCCGCCAGAGGCAGACUCCUCGAUUGCUAUGCUUGGAGCCGAUGAGAAACCGGAUAUUACAUACGCGGAUGUCGGUGGUUUAGAUAUGCAGAAGCAGGAGAUUCGAGAGGCUGUCGAGCUUCCGCUCCAGCAAUUCGAUCUAUACAAGCAGAUUGGUAUCGAUCCACCUCGCGGAGUGCUUCUCUACGGACCCCCCGGUACAGGCAAGACUAUGCUUGUCAAGGCUGUCGCCAACAACACCACCGCAAGUUUUAUCCGUGUCGUUGGAUCGGAGUUUGUUCAGAAAUACCUGGGUGAAGGUCCACGAAUGGUUCGAGACGUAUUCCGUAUGGCGCGGGAGAACUCUCCUUCAAUCAUCUUCAUCGACGAGAUUGACGCCAUCGCCACGAAGCGUUUCGACGCCCAGACGGGUGCCGACCGAGAAGUCCAGCGUAUUCUUCUCGAGUUGCUCAACCAGAUGGACGGUUUCGACCAGUCAAGCAACGUCAAAGUCAUCAUGGCCACGAACCGAGCAGAUACUCUUGACCCUGCGCUGCUACGACCCGGUCGUCUUGACCGAAAGAUUGAGUUCCCCUCGCUGCGAGACCGGAGAGAGCGACGACUCAUUUUCACCACGGUUGCAUCCAAAAUGUCUCUUGCCCCUGAAGUCGACUUGGACUCGCUGAUUAUCCGCAACGAUCCCCUUUCUGGUGCCGUCAUUGCCGCUAUUAUGCAAGAGGCUGGUCUUCGAGCCGUGCGGAAAAACCGAUACAAUAUCAUCCAGUCCGAUCUGGACGAUGCGUAUUCAAGCCAAGUCAAGGGUGGCGGAGAGCAAGACAAGUUCGAUUUCUACAAGUAGAGCAGUCGUCUGGUCUUCUCUUUUCUCAGCUCACUUCCCCCCUUUCUCUUUUCAUCCUUAUCAUCUUAUUUCUCUCAAUCUCUAUCCCAACGAGUCUUGGUUUUUACUCUCUCUCUCUCUCUUCCUUCCAUCCCCUGUGUGUGGUCAUGUAGCAUAGCGUUCUCCGGUCUCCCUUUUCUUUUUUUCUGUUCUUCUCAUUUAUACAUUCGAUACUAGUAUGUUUGAUAAAACGGGAAAUAUUUCACCUUCGUCUGGUGUAAUCUCUAGAUAAAAAAAAUCCAUAUCACCGAUACGUACAUUCAGAACUUUGAUUAUCCUUUUCACGGAAAGUUCUCUUUGCCACGAGUUCGAAUAUAACCACUAGUGAAUGAUACUACUCCG